CCUAUAUAUAUCACAUCAGCCCAGUCCUGAACUCUGCUUCACCAAGGAUCGUCUCCAAGAACUCAGUACACUCUCAAUAAACCAAUAUCACAAUGGCCACCAACACCAACACCGCCGCGCUCGACGCACAGAACGCCAACACGUACCAGAAUGUCGAUGCCUACCAGAACCCUAGUGUGAACUCCAACGUCAACCCUAACGUCAACCCUGCGACUACCCAGACGACCACCCAGACGACAACCACCAGCCAGGCGCCAGUGACGCACCCAACCUCGACGGCUGCCACGAGCACGAUCGGUGGCGGCGAUGCACCCACGACGCACAGCGGUGGCAUCGGCCAGCAGAUCAAGGGCGCUUUCGCCCAGGGACACGGCGUCGGAGAAGUGCUCCGUGGCAAGUUCAACUCGGCUGUGGACACCGCCGCCGGCGACCCGCAGGGCCAGGCCAAGAACAAGAACAUCGCGACCGGCGGGGAGAGGGAGUUUGCGACCAAGGACUUCGUGAAGAAGGGCACGUUGGAUAAGGCCUUGUAACUUGUUGGAUUGGGGGGUGUUUUUGCAUAAGAGCGCGCUUGUUUGUUUAUGAGCAUGAGUAUGAUACCAAGUGGCCGGCCGGAAUAUCUCAGGACGGGUGUCCUAUUUUGCUACUAGUUUGUACGCGACAUCCAAAGACUGAAUAUGCAACCCACAUGAUAUUGGAGCAUACAACCUGGACAUGGGUAUUUCUUCAUACGCAAUGAUAUGAGCC